CAGAAAAAUAAAAGUCAAUGAGAAAAAAAAAGGAAAAAAGAAAAAAAAUUCCUUCGUUUUUUUUUUAAUAAUAUAAAAGGAUAAUAUUCCAAUCCGAGCAGUUUUCGAAAGUACUGCGACGACAAAAAGAAAAAGAUUGUGUGUGUGUGUGUUGUUUUUUUUUUGGAAUAGUCUAACCUUUGGUAUUGGUCAAGGUCGUCUUCAACACGCUUGUUUUAAACUCGUUUUCGAGAAGCAAUCAAAAAAGAGGAUCCAGAAAUUGAAACUCGAUCUUGUUUUAAUAACCCUAAAAAGUUUUCGUUAGAACAACUCGAUUUCGUUCGUAAAUACGAGAAUAUUCCGAUUUAUACCUUUUGUGGGUGGUGGUGAAGGUUAAAUGGGCAUGGUAGUCGAAACCGCCUUAGUAAUACUUUGCCCGAUUCUUGCGGGAAUCACUGGCGAACAAGCGACAAAUGAGCGACCGUACAAUAGAGCGAGACCCAACACUAGAAGAAAACAAAGAAAGAAAGAAAAGGUAAACAUGAGGAAAUUGAAUGAGAUUGAAAUGAAACUUUUAUAA